ACGUGGCGUUUCCCACGUACGCAUGCGCAGUAGGUGAUUUGUUUUUCCGCAGCACAGCUGCUGGAGAGAGAAACAUGGCGGCGUCCCUGAUCUGCGGCCGGUUGUCCGCUGGACUGAGGAAUUCCGGGUCCAGGACGGCUUUAAGCUCAACAGCUAAGGUAAUUGCCGGGACAUCGGGGCUGUUUGGUAACCAUGGCCACCAGCCGUCUCCGUUGGCGACGGGGCAGCAGCAGAGGAACCUGUCGCUGCACGAGUACCUGAGCAUCGGCUUGCUGAAGGAGGCGGGGAUCUCUGUGCCUGCAGGACUGGUGGCCAGCUCGCCUGAGGAAGCCUACACCGUCGCCAAGCAGAUCGGCUCUAAGGAUCUGGUUGUGAAGGCCCAGGUGUUGGCUGGAGGAAGAGGUAAAGGGACGUUCGAGGGAGGACUGAAGGGAGGAGUCAGAAUCGUUUACUCGCCAGAGGAAGCGAGGGACAUCUCCUCGCAGAUGAUCGGCAAGAAGCUGUUCACCAAGCAGACAGGCGAGGCGGGCCGCAUCUGUAACCAGGUGUUCAUCUGCGAGCGACGUUAUCCCCGCAGAGAGUAUUACUUCGCCAUCACCAUGGAGAGAUCUUUCCAGGGCCCAGUACUGAUCGGCAGCUCUCAGGGGGGCGUGAACAUCGAGGACGUGGCAGCAGAGAAUCCGGACGCCAUCGUGAAAGAGCCCAUCAACAUCGUCGAGGGCAUCAAGAUGGAACAAGCCAUAAAGGUUGCCAAGAAGAUGGGUUUCCCCGAGGCUUUGGUAAACGAAGCGGCCGAGAACAUGAUCAAACUCUACGACCUGUUUAUGAAAUACGACGCGUCCAUGGUGGAGAUCAACCCUAUGGUGGAAGAUUCCUCUGGCAUUGUGAUGUGCAUGGAUGCUAAGAUAAACUUUGACUCCAACGCGGCGUACAGACAGCAGAAAAUCUUCGACUUGCGGGACUGGAGUCAGGAGGACAUCCGAGACAGACAGGCGGCUAAAGCGGAUCUGAACUACAUCGGACUGGACGGCACCAUCGGCUGCUUGGUCAACGGAGCCGGUCUCGCCAUGGCAACCAUGGACAUCAUUAAACUCCACGGUGGGACGCCUGCCAACUUCCUUGACGUCGGAGGCGGAGCCACGGCGCAUCAAGUGACGGAAGCGUUCAAGCUCAUCACCUCGGACAAAAAGGUGCAGGCCAUCCUCGUCAACAUCUUCGGCGGCAUUAUGAGGUGUGACGUCAUCGCUCAGGGCAUCAUCAUGGCCGUCCGUGACUUGGAUCUGAAAAUCCCCAUCGUAGUGCGGUUACAAGGAACGAGAGUGGAUGACGCAAAGGCUCUGAUUGCUGCCAGUCCUCUGAAGAUCCUGGCCUGUGAUGACCUGGAUGAGGCGGCUAAGAUGGUUGUAAAACUUUCUGAAAUCGUUUCACUGGCCAAAGAAGCUCAAGUGGACGUAAAGUUCCAGCUGCCCAUCUAAACAAGUCCCACAUCUACAAACCACAAAAACUACAAAACUCCAUGAACUGACUUUCUAGCUGCCCAGUCCCACGUCUCCCAUCCACUGCCCGCGGAUGCUUCCCGAAACCACUACGUGUUAGUCAUAAGGUCCUGUAGUGCUUAGAUACGAAAUCUGCUCUCUUCUCCUCCUCCCGCGUUUCAUCCCCGCCCGUCUGGGUCUCGUUAGUUAGCUCAGGUCAGUGUUACUACCUGUCUUCUACCUUCCUUUAUUUUGGUAACGAUGAUUUCUUUUUUUUGUUGUUGUUGUUUGUUUUGAAGCAGUGGACCUAUUUAUGUGGGACUGUAUUUAUAAGGACGUACGCUGAGGUGAAGCAAGCUGGACCUGGAAUUCGUCUGAAACACGUAUACACACAUAUCUCUAGAGUCUGAUUAAAACAAAACAAACAAAAAAAAAGCCAGCUCCUGGCGUUCGUUAUUGGGGAAGCGCCUCGUUCUUCUGCUUCAGUCAGUGUUUUCCGAAGAGCACGUCAUACCCCCUUUCCCACCCCCUUCAAACGCACAAACGCUUCUCUGGGGAAUCUCUGUAAUCAUUCUAUGUGUUCUUUUGGCUAUGUACGAGGAACUACUGUUAGCAGGAGGGAGUGAAUAAAAUACAUAAAGAAUAA